AUGGGCUCGGAGAACAGCGCUUUAAAGAGCUACACGCUGGAGGAGCCCUCCUUGACGCUGCCGACGGGACACGCCAUCUACCCGGCCGUGCUGCAGGAUGGCAAACUCGCCUCCGUCUUUGUCUACAAGCGAGAGAACGAAGAUAAGGUUCACAAAGCUGCCAAGCACCUGAAGACCUUGCGCCACCCUUGCCUUCUGCGCUUCCUCUCCUGUACUGUGGAAGCAAAUGGGAUCCACCUGGUUACAGAACGUGUGAAGCCUCUGGAAACAGUCCUGGAGACACUCUCUUCUGCAGAAAUCUGUGCAGGCAUCUAUGAUGUGUUGCUGGCACUCAUCUUCCUCCAUGAGAGGGGAAACCUAACACAUAACAAUGUCUGUUUAUCAUCCGUGUUUGUAAGUGAGGAUGGGCACUGGAAGCUGGGAGGAAUGGAAACAGUCUGUAACUUCACUGAAGCCACCCCAGAGUUCCUCUGUCAGGUCAAGUCAGUACGAGACCAGUCGUGCAUCCCUUGUGAGGAGAUGUCUGCAGAGUUCAAAAUUCUGCCCAACAGCUGUGGGCACGCGAGGGACGCCUACGCCUUUGGAGCAAUGGUUGAAAAUCUCCUGACAGUCCUAAAUGAUCAGGUUUCAGCAGAUAUUCUCUCCAGCUUUCAGCAAACCUUGCACUGUACACUGCUGAAUCCGGACCCAAAGUCUCGUCCACCACUGUCCAGUUUAUUGUCUCAUGAAUUCUUCAGGAAUGAUUUUCUGGAAGUUGUGAAUUUUCUGAAGAGCUUAACGUUAAAGUCUGAGGAGGAAAAAACGGAAUUUUUCAAAUUCCUGCUGGACAGGGUGGCUGGCUUGUCAGAGGAGCUGAUCGCGUCACGGCUGGUGCCUCUUCUACUCAAUCAGCUUGUGUUUGCAGAACCUGUAGCUGUCAAGAGUUUUCUUCCUCAUCUGCUGGGGCCAAAGAAAGAGCAAACUGGAGAGAGCCAGACCAGCUGCCUCCUGUCGCCAGCUGUGUUCCAGAGCCAUGUCAUUCCUGUGCUGCUGAAGCUGUUUGAGGUUCACGAGGAGCACGUUCGAAUGGUGCUGCUGUCUCACAUUCAUGCCUACGCAGAACUGUUCUCCCGGGAGGAGCUGAAAAACAUCAUAUUGCCCCAGGUACUGCUGGGCCUUCGGGAUACCAGUGACUCUAUCGUUGCGAUAACGCUGCACAGCUUAGCAGUUCUUGUCUCCCUGCUUGGACCUGAAGUGGUUGUAGGUGGAGAAAGAACAAAGAUUUUCAAGAGCUCUGCACCAAGUUUCAUGAAAACAGCUGAUCUCUCCCCAGAAGGGGACAGGUUCUGUCAAGACACUCAGUCCUCCUUGAAUGGAAUUCCUGGAAGCAUUAAUACACUAGGGAGCAGCAGGAGUUCCUUCACUACCUCUGAAAAGCCCACAGAGGAGUGGCCAGACUGGAGCGAGCCAGAGGAGACAGACAUUGAGAAAACUGUGAACAUUCAAAUUCGGUCCCAAGAGCUGCAGGGGAGGGUGGGACCUUAUUUUGCUGAACAUGACAUAGAGGAAAAGCCUUGGGAAGACUUUGAGCCCAGCAGCCCUAGUCCUGAACUGUCCUCAGGAAACUGCCUCACUGUGACACAAACUGAUGCAGUCGAAAUGCCAAGGCCUCUACCAGGUACCCAUCAACUGGGCAAAGAAUUCAGAAACCUCAGGCUGAAUCCCCAUCCAGAGCCCUGCCCUGAAAACAGCUGGAGCAACAAGUGGGACCAGCAGGAACAGCUGGGAGAAACUGUGCUGUCAAAACCAACCUUUCAGGAAAGGUUGAAGUCAGCAUCAGAGUCUGGCCUAGGAGAAGAAUUCACGAUUAAAGUGAAGAGAAAACCUGUGCAAGACCCUGAGCUGGACUGGUUUGCUGACAUGGUCCCAGACAUUAAACCUUCUUCAUCUAUCUUAAUUUUACCUGAAGCAAGGACAGAAGCAGUUGUGCCCACUCACUCUGGUGUGGCAUCCAGCAGAGAAAGUGCUUCCCAGAAUGUGUGGUUUUCAUCCAAAUUUGCAGCAGCUGACAUCAUUGAGGCUGAAGCUGCAGGCUGGGGUGAAGAGGAGGAGCUGAACUGGGAAGAUGAUACUAACUGGUGACAGGACUGAAAGUGACAAAGGCAAUGUGUGGUGUGCUGGAUUCUGUACCAGAAGUCACUGCUUCCCAAUACAAUGGAUAAGUACCUCAGUGCUGCUUGCGCCAGAGGGCAGGCACUUGCUGCAGUAGCCACAAGACCCUGUGGGGCCCAACAUCCUGCAGUGGAUGCUCCUUUCCAGUCUGUGCCAAAAACUGCAGGGGUGAGGCCUGCACUCAAGCAAUAUGCCCAGCUGUAGUGCGUGCCACUGGCACCAGACAGAGGAAUGGCGUGAUGGGGGUGCUGGUGCCAAGGUGCUGCUGGAGGUCAAGAGUGGUGUAAGCAAUUGUUCCAGAAACUCA